GUUUAUAAGAGGAAAAAUAGCGGAAUAAGAGGAGAGAGAGAAAAAAAAAUGUCGAUGAACGGUUUUUAAAAAAGAGGUGCUGCAAGAUUUCCAAGUGACGUCAUUUGAAGUCUGAGAGAAGAUCGAGUGCAAUGCGUGAACCAAUGGAGGGUCACCGAUCAUCAGGUGGGGGCUCGGUUGUUGAACAAGAGUAUAAAGCCCCACCAUUGAUUAAUACUGAAAGCAGUCGAUGUCCCCUUCUGUCUGACGAUGUAGCGUGAUCCCCCAAAAUCGGUUCGAUCCAAGAUCUUGAUCUUCAAAACGAGCACGUGCUCUUAUACUCUCUAUUAUAAUCUUCCUCAAUUCGCGGUCCAUUAGUUGCCGAUUUUUUUUUUCUUUAUAAUUUUUUUUUUUUGCAAAUAAUGCUGAAAUAGUUUUAACUAGUUUUUUUAUUCUCGAUAAAAAGUGUGUUUUAGAUUUUUUUUUUUAAUUCUUAGUGAUAUUUUUCCCGAACACUUAAGUUUAUGGUCCAGAGUGAUAUUGUCUUCAAGAUUCAGUGAAUCUUUAUGUGAAAAAGUUAUUGUCUUUUUUCCUGAAUAAUUUGGAUUUAUUUCUCUCUUUUUUGAGUGAGUGAAAAUGACGGUGGCAACGGAGUCAUCGAAAGCGGAAGAAGGGGGAGAGCAACCGCGACCAAAAAUUGAAACUUUUGAUGAUAUUUUGCCGUAUGUUGGUGAAGCAGGUCGGUAUCAAUGGUUGCUCUUCGUCAUUUUACUACCCUUCACUUUCGUCUAUGCCUUUCUCUAUUUUGCUCAAUUUUUCAUCACCCUCGUUCCCGAGGAACAUUGGUGCGAAAUUCCUGAACUGCUGAAAUUAAAUAUCACGGAAGACGAGAUGACUUCACUUUGGCUGCCGAGAGCAGAUGAAAAUGAAGUUAGAGCGAAUAAUAUUCAAUUCUCUAGAUGUAAAAUGUAUAUUGUCGAUUAUAAGGAGGUUUUACUUUCGGGCAAUGUAACACAGGCAGAUCCAUCGUGGCCUAAAGGACCCUGCCAAAAUGGAUGGUAUUUUAGUCAAGUCAUGAUUCCAUAUAAAUCAAUUGCUGCCGAGUUGGGAUGGGUAUGUGAGAAUACUUAUCUGGGUUCAGCGGCACAAUCUGCCUUUUUUGUGGGCAGUAUUGUGGGAGGUCUUAUUUUCGGAUACAUCGCCGAUCAUUAUGGCCGGAUUCCAGCUCUGGUUUCUUGCAAUGCAGUCGGAUUUUUUGCCUCCAUCGCCACUGCAUUCUGCAACAGCUUCGUGUCAUUUUCAAUUUGCAGGCUCAUCGUUGGAACUUCAUUUGACAAUUGUUUCAACAUUUUAUUCAUCAUAGUAAUUGAAUAUGUGGGUCCAAAAUAUAGAACUUUAGUGGCAAAUAUGUCUUUUGGAAUAUAUUUCGCUGCCGCAGCUGGUCUGCUACCCUGGAUAGCAUAUUGGAUAGCAGAUUGGAGAACUUUGAGUGUAGUUACAGCGCUGCCAUUAGUUACUGCUUUUUUGGGGCCGUGGAUAGUUCCUGAAAGUGCCAGGUGGUAUAUCACAGUUGGAAAAGUCGACAAAUCAAUAGAAAUGCUCAAGAAGUUUGAGAAAGUGAAUAAGAAGACUGUAAAGCAAGAAGUUUAUGACGAAUAUGAAAAAAGUUGCAUUAGUAUGAUGCAAAAUGACAAAAAGCACAAUAAAUAUACAGUUCUUGAUCUUUUCAAGUUACCUCGUUUGGGAAGAAUUACCGCCAUGCUUAUUAUUUAUUGGCUUUUGAUUAUUUUGGUAUUUGACGGACAUGUUUGGAACAUGAAAUUACUUCAUCCGGAUGUUUUUACGUCUUUCUCUUUGGCCUCUAUGACGGAACUUCCAGCAGCAAUUCUACUUGCUUUGUUCCUGGACAAAUGGGGACGACGGUGGAUGGGAUUCUUUUCUAUGAUAAUCUGCGGAAUUUUCUCCUUUAUUGCUGUCGUUAUGCCCGAAGGUCCCGCAACAGUGGCCAUGGCAAUUUUGGCUCGACUUGGCGUGAAUAUUGCUGCAAACAUUGGUUUCCAAUAUGCAGCUGAAAUGUUACCGACAGUUGUUCGCGCUCAGGGAGUAUCUCUUAUUCACAUCAUUGGUUACUUUGCACACAUCAUUGGUCCCUAUGUCAUUUAUCUGGCGGAUAUCGCUGAGGAACUGCCACUUAUAAGUUUGGGCGUCUUAUCCAUAAUAGACGCUCUUUUGACUCUGGGAUUACCGGAAACUUUGGACCAAGAUCUUCCGGAAUCACUCGAGGAGGGUAAUGACUUUGGCAAAGAACAAAGCUUUUGGUGGAUUCCCUGCCUCUCAUCGUCACACGUAAAAAAGAAGAAAUACAGAAGAAAGUUAGGCGCAACAAAUGCUGGUUUCAAUCCAGGAAGUUUAUCGAGGAUCGACUCCACCCGAUUGUAGCUAAGUGACAAAAAUUUAUUAUAAAAUCUUCUCUAAUUUUUCCUAUUCUUUUUUUUUUGUAAAUAGUUCCUCAAGUACACUCAUGUGAUUUACAUAGACGUUAAGUCGAGAGAGAAGCUGAACUGAGUGAUCGUUGUUAUUUUCCGAAAGUAUUGACAAGUUUUCAAUUAUCGAAAACAAAAAUAAUUUGUGAUUGAUUAUGUCAUUUUUUAAUUAUGUCAAAAUAUUUUUAUUUUUUCUCAUAAAAAAAUGAGAAGAUCUUAAAUUUUUUUAAUUAAAAAAUUGUAUGUGAUUUACAUAAUUGACCUAUUCACCUAUUUCACAAUAGGUGAAGAAAAAAAAUAUUAAAGGUGAUAGAAACAAAGAAAUACUGUGAGAUGACAAAAAGGCAAAUAAUUUUUUCUUUGCCAAAACAAACUGUAUUUUCACAAAUCAGAAAAUAAGAAAUGUAGAAUUUAAAUUUUUAACAUUUUACUAUUCGUAAGUGCCUUGAAUUUAAUAUUUUUUAAGUAACCGAAUCUGUUUGUUAGAAAAAUUAAAGAACAAAUAUAUGAAAGAGAAAUUCAAAAUAAUAAUUGCUCAACGAUAUAUUAAAAAUUAAUAAUAAAAAUAAUAAUUAAUAAUGAAAAUAAGAAAUAAUUUUUGCCAUCGAAGAAAUAAAUUUCAUUGAAAGAAAACCAGAUUUACACGUUAUACGAUUGUUUAAAUAAAACAAAAAUCGUGCUCAUAUUUUCCAUUAUUAUCAUCAAAGAUAAAGAAACAAAUUUUUCGAUAUUUCAAUUUAUGUACUCGAUAAUGCUCAAUUUGAAAUAUCGUUUUCCAUUUUAAGUAGCAGGUAAUAAAGUAGAAUCAUUCGCGUACUUACUACUGAUUCGCAGAAUCUUAAAAACAAAGAGAGAAUCAAUUCUUGCCGAAUUUAUUGUGAGGAGAAAAAAAGAUUAUGUUAAUAAUUGACUCUUUCUUGCUUGUUUGUUAAUAAUGUGGUGAGAAGUAACCAUUUUUAGAAAACUAUUAUUAUAAAUACACAAAACAUAUUAAUAUGUAAACAAAUUGUAGAUAGAAAUGUCAGCAUAAAAAAAAAAAUGAAUGUUCAUUAAUUUGUACAGUAUUGGAAUGAAUGCUAAUUAUCGAAUUCGACAUCGUGUAUGUGUGUGUGUGUGUGUGAAAUAUUAUUGUAUACCAAAUGACAAUAAAAAAAAUUUGGUAUCAAAAUUUUCUUUUGAUUCCAAGA